GAGAGAGCGCUGGAUGCUUCACCACCACCACCACCGCUACUGCCGCUGCUCCUCCUGCUGCUUCUCCUGUGUUCCUGCUGCUGCUGCUGCUGUUGGUGGUGGUGCCCCUCGGCUGCAGCGUGCCAAGUUACCGGUUGGGGCGUCCAUGAUGUGAGAGUGACGGUGUGGUGCCGGCCGCGGUGCAGACAAGGCGGUGGUGAUGUGAGAGAGGAGCAGUGGUGGUGGGUGGCGGCCCGCUGCGUCCACAUCCUCGACGGUCCACCUUCAGAACACUUGUGGAGGCCGAGGGUUGUGUUUGAUAGAGAAAAGAAUACAGUGUUUUAUAUGAAGCCAGAGUGAAGGCGCGAGUAAUGAAGAGUCCUCUCCUCGGGCCUGGGGAAGGCGGCCUCGUACAGUGCCAGAUUAGCAAAAAGAAAAUAUAUAUUUAAAGGCCUGCAGUCACUCGACCAAGAACAACAGUAAUUGGAAUUAGCUUGUCAAAAAUAUAAAAUGAAAGUGUAUGUCAUCCUUCCCCGGUGUGGACCAUGGCAGAGGCUAGCUCAGACCCUACGAACUUGCUGGAUGAUAUUUACACCUCAAUGAUCAUUCCCUUGAUCAGCGACCUACAGCAGAUCAGGACCUCAACCCGAGAACCAAUGCCUGCUCAAGGUAAGGGGAAACGCCCAUAUAAGGUAUGGGACAGCGGGCGCCAGGUACGGAAGGGGCUCGUCGUAGCCAGCUUCAACGAACUCAUAGAAAAAGGUCGCGAGAAGCUCGAGUUGGGGGAGGUGAGGAUAAAGGUCGUGUUGGAGGCAGAUGGAACGCAGGUCGAAGAUCCAGAGUACUUUUGCACCCUGCCAGAGAAUACAGUCUUCCUCUUACUCAGGCAGGGUGAACAUUGGUACCCAGCGGGAGUCGAGGUGCUCAGACAAGCCAUCACUGCCAUUCCCAAGAUCGUAUGUGAGACCAUCUACACCCUGGGCCUGCACGAUGAAGCACCGGUGUGGAAGAUCAUGGACCAGUAUGGCAAGAUCACCGUGGUUCUCUCCUGGGAUCCUUCCCUCCGGGGGGACCGCCACGUGUCAUCCUCCUCCCCUCGGAAGCCGUCCGCCACUGCCACACGAAUGAUUGUAAGCGGCGUCGGGGAGAAUGCCAUACAGAGACAUGAAUACUUAAUGGCCCAGCCCUCCGCCGUCUCCACGCCCUCGCCAGCUCCCACCAUCUCCCUGAGCGGUACCAAGUCGCCUGUUCCUGCGGCAGGUGCCACUAGCCAAGCUCCCGUCGGCACUGUCACCACCAUCCUCCGGGACGGCAAGAAGGAGACGCUCAUCAAUGACAUUGGUCCGGCCAUCACUGCCCCUCACCCGCCGGCCCCCCUCCACCCGGGUACUGUGAUAAACCACGACAGCGAGCACCAAGGUUCCUACAUGAGCAGCAGUUCUGGGGCGGCGGCGGUGGUGGGCCGCCUCUCCCGUCAAGGGUCAUCAGUGGAAUCCUCACACUCGGCGACUGUGCACGUCCACACGCCGGAGUGUUGCAUGUACGGGCACCCACACACCCCGCAGCCCCGCCCCCGAGCCUCCCCUACCGGCGACCAGUCCGAGUGUGACUUCCACUGCUGUGCGCUGCACGAGGAGGGCGGCCGCAUCCAGGCAAGUCGACAUCACCACCAACAACAGCAACAACAACAUCAACAACCACAACAACAGCAACAACAACAUUUGCAUCAUCAUCAUCAAGGACAAAAGGUACAGAAAACCACGUCCCCGAUUCAGGAGGGAGAGAGACGGCCAGUCCAUUACACGAGCAAGGCACAACCUUCAGGAGCCACAGCGGCGCAACAGAAAGGCGGCAGCCACGUGCGUUUCGUAACUGACCCGCGGUCGUCCAGCCUCGAGAAACAGAAGGUGGACCCAGAGAGCUCAGAGUCCGAGACGGAGAACACUACAAACGACGAGGAAGCCCACACAACUGUGAAAUUCCUCCUGCUCACAGAUCAGCUUUCCGUCGACACGAAGAAGCACCUCUCCAUCAAAGACAUUGGGGUCAUCCUCGAUCGACUAUCUUCCAAAAUAGUUGACGUAGAGAAAUUAGAUCGUGAGGUAGAAGAGGAAGAUUGUUUCAACUGGACAAUCAAAGCUACAAUCCGAGGUGAUACACUUAGAGAACUUGGUGUGGUCUACAAUGGCCACUACUACUCCAUUAGUGAACAUCCGGGCUACGGCCAGAAGAAAGAGGAAGAGGAGGAGGAGGAGGAGGACGGAGCAGACGAUAAGGAAGUAGAAAAAGAGCCCGUCUGAAUAUUUGCACUGUGUUUAUUGGACAAACUUAUUUUUGGUUCGUUGUCAAUAAGGCCAGGGUUUAGAGUGACGCUUUCGACAAACAGUUUCAGUUUUUUGUCGAAAAGUUAUACUGAUGUUGGCAUAUACAGGGUGUGUGUGCUAUGGUGAAGAAUGUCAGGAAAGUUAGACUAGUGUUGAGUGACUGAGUGCAACUUUUUUCAAGAGUUCCCCCUUACACUUGCAACAAAGCGACUCGUCAUCCCCCGAUAGCAGCACGGCCCCACCACCGCCCUUGUUUCUAGUGUACAUAGGCAGGAGGAGGCACUGCGACCACUGAUGCCGCGUGAGAGGCACUGGUCGACUCCCACAUGUCCCGCCAGAGCCUAUCACGCUUGUAUUUAGAAGACAAUCGUCGAGCUACCCUGCAGGCAGGCUUUAGCGUAGCUUCUGACCAUCGCACGUCACUUGUUACAUGGACACAGAGCCGAAGAGUCCGACUCAAUCCCCAGCGAAGCGUGCCCACCACCCACCGGGAGAGUCUUCGCUGGCGGUGUGGUGGUCGAACAGGACCGGAAGGUGUCUGCUGGAGGCACUGGGAAGGCUGAGAGAGGCGCGCAUGGGCAGGACUUGGGAGAAACGUGUCUUGGUGAUGUCUGGCCCGGCGGCCCCUACUACCUACCUACACGCCAUACCAGAGACUGGGCAUCGUGCAGUGUUGCAAAUCACACAUGCGGCACUGAUAUAUCCAUCCUACUGAGGAUUACAAACUCACCAAAGCUGGGGAUGUUUCUAGAACUUGAGUUUAUACAAGCACAUAAGAAAACAAAGUAAAACUAUAUUUUAAUCCCGUAAAUUUAACCUGAAUAAAUGAUGUACACGUGUGCCGAGGUGACACAAGUACCAGUGUGGGUGUUGGAGGACUACAGAAGGAUAUGCUCAAAACCAAUGUGUAAAGAAGCCCCGUUGCAAUGAAUUUAUUAGAAGUUCUCGAUAAUACUACUAUAAUUACAAGUACGUUAUCGAAACAGCAGUGACGUUUUAGCUCUUUGAAGAGUGAAAUGUACUUUUUAUACCACUUGAUAGCCCCAAGACGAGGCAGCCGGGAGGCGAACAGCGCCAGCAGGAAAGCAGUCCAGCUCUCUAGAAGCCCUGAGUCUUAAAACCUCCAAACAGACCCGCCACCCACUAAAUCCAUUUUCCUUGUUGUGAAUAAGAAAUAAGAAAAAAAAAAAAAAAACC